GUUUUACACCCUGUUUUUGCCUUUUUAUUGCGGUCGUUUUCCUAUUGUAUACGUGUUGUUAUUCUAAUCUGUUUUCCACAUGAACAUGGCUGUCUCGCUAAACGCCGAGACGGAUGGACCUAUGGGGUCCUCGUUUGAUGAGUCUACUGCUGCUUGCGGACAGGUUAACUGUUCAGAGCCAGUAACAGAUGCAUCUGGUGGUAUGCAGUGUGACGUCUGCUGCCGCUGGUAUCACGAGAGCUGUACCGGCCUACAAGCUGACCAGUACCAAAUGCUAUCAUCAAGCGUCCACUUUCUUUUCAGCUGCGCUGAAUGCUGCGCUAAAAGAUCGACGCACCCGGCUGUCACCGGUGCUAAACUUUCAGCGUUGGCUUCAAGGUUGGCAGAUGUUGAGUUGGCGAUAGCUAAACUCGCCUCUAUUGCGUCGCUCGAUACGAAAAUGGAUUUAAUUUUAAAAUCCCUAAAUAUUUCGUUUGAAGACACAGCAACAGCCGGCAACAUUGCUGACGAUCCAUCCACUGGAGUCUGUCACUCGAUCAUAAAGUCGCACAUCCUACCGGCCAAUCCAGGUAGCAUUGCUGGCGGUCC